UGGAGAAAAGAGAGUGGGGAUUGUUCAGCGGUGGAGCCUCCAAGCCGGAGCGCACGCAUGUUCAGUGGACUCUGAUGGUGUGAAGCCCCAGAUGAGGGACUCAGACGUCCGGGAAUGACAGCGUCUGUCACCGGGAGUGACAUCUUUCACUCUGACCUACUCCGCUGAAACUCCUCCAGCUUGACACCCAGCGACACUGAUCCGGAUCGGAUCCAGCCACACCAGGACUAUGCCAGAGAUGGAGAAAGGGAGACCUCCGGAAAAUAAACGCAGCAGGAAACCCGCGCACCCCGUAAAGAGGGAGAUCAACCAGGAGAUGAAGACAUUUGCAGAAAGCACCAUGAACGAGCUCCUGGGCUGGUACGGGUACGACAAGGUGGAUCUCAGAGAAUCAGAGGCCAAUGAGAUCAGAAACUACCGUGAAAGGCGUCAGCAUGUGUCUGUGCUAAAAGAAAACUCAUUGCCAAAACCCAAAAGUCUGGAUACCAAAGUCAGUCACUCAGUCCUGGCCAUGAAGAGUGGAGAGAGAGAGUCCUCCAGUGUUCCUUCAUCCUCACCCUCCUCUUCUGCAACAAGUUCAUCCCUGACCUCCCCCAAGGAGCACAAGAGUGCCCCUGUCAUCGUCCCCCUUAUAAAGCCAUCAGCAGUGGAAGAUGUGCAGAACGUGCAGAUAGUGUGUGUUUGGUGCCAGAAAGAAGGUGUAAAACGCUACUCUCUAUGUAUGGGCUCAGAGCUCAAGAGCUUCUGCAGUGAGAAGUGUUUUGCUGCCUGCAGACGGGCCUACUUCAAGCGCAAUAAGGCCAGAGAUGAAGAUCUCCAUGGUGAAAGAUCCCCUCAGCACCCCCAUACAGAGGACUCGCCCAGACUGGUGUUGAAGAUAAACACCAAUGUCAGAUCUCUCUCCCCUGUGCCACAGGUAUGUGACUGGUGCAAGCAUGUCCGUCACACUAAAGAAUACCUGGACUUUGGAUCUGGUGAGGAACGGCUCCAGUUCUGCAGUACCAAGUGUUUGAACCAGUACAAGAUGGAUGUCUUCUACAGAGAAGCCCGUGCAGCUCUCACCAGCACCAGUUCCAGCCCAAACAGAACCAGUCAGGAAGGGCGGGCAGACAGCAGUAUGACAGGGCAAAAGCUACUCACUCCAGAGUCUUGGAACAGCAGCAACAGUGCAGGGGAAGCCCGUAAUAGAAACCUUUCCCCUAAAGGGCCUGCACUAAUCCAUGGAUCAGGAGAACCCACCUCCAUCUCUCCAUCAGAAGCCUCCUCUUCUUCUUCUUCCAAAGUCCCUGUCUCAGGCCUCCGGACCCUGGAGAGAUCGGUCCAACCUCCUCCCUCUGCUGCGGAGGUGUCACCACACCUUGCUCCUCUUCCUCCACAUCCUAUUCGUCCCACUCUGGAGCAAAAGCCAGUGCCUCAAAUCCCCAUACCAUUCAUCAGGCCUCCUCUUCAUGCUCAGGGCCUGAAAAGCCCCCUUGCCAAUCCUCCCAGACAUCCAGGCCCCCCAUCCAGCCCAAUCCACAGACCUCCACACUCUCCUCACUUGCAGCCCCCAACUUCUACAUCCAUGAAUCCCCCUGGACUGAUGCAUCCCUUCCCAGGAGCCUACUUCCCUGGCUUGCACUCCCCUCCUCUGAACAUGAUGCCAAGAGCUCCAGUCCCAAUGCCUCCCAUGAUGAACUUUGGGAUUCCUUCUUUUAGCCCUCUUCUGCCACAGCCCACUGUCUUGGUGCCUUAUCCCAUCAUUGUUCCCCUACCUGUCCCCAUACCCAUUCCUAUCCCCAUUCCAGUCCCUCCUAAAGCAACACUAGAAACUCCAAGUCACAGUGGAGUUAUCCAGCUGGUGCCAGACGGAGUAGACAGGGUCAGAUCCAGGGCUAUGAGACCACAAUCUCCAGGGAUUUCUGAAGGGGACAGUAGAUUGGUAGUCAACAAAUUGGGUGGGGCGUUACCUCAAGGUCUUUCCUCACCAAGUGACCCCAACACAAGGGACACAGAUUGGGUUAAAUCAGAGAGGCCUUUUCUGUCCCCAGCAUCCACACCUCAAAGUGGAGCAUCCUCCCCCACGGCGCAGUACAAUGAAUCCCCAUGCUCGGCUUCAGGGUCGGAGGCACUUGCAGACGAUAAGCAGCAGCAAACAGAGCGACAAGUCAUUCAAAGGGUUCUUCAAAGGACCCAAGUGAAGCUGGAGCCCAGUGCCAAUGGAGUGGUGGACCUGUCUGGACUGGGGGAGUCAGGGACUGGACAGGUUAACAGAUCGGGGCUCCACGAUAUCAUCAGACCCACUCCUCCUCUACCACAGUCACCUUCACAUGACACUAUCUACCAGCACCAGGACUCCCAAACUCCACCCUCUCACACUCCACCCAGCCCCAUGGGGAGCAGCCAUCCACAUGAUGCCACAUCCUCUGUCCUGAAAUCUAGGGAACAUGGUCAAAAUGGGAUGUCCUCCACAUCCACACCUGCCAGUCCAGACUCCUCCCUACCCCAGAGAUUACAAGCACCACCCUCUGACCCUGCACUUAGCGAGCUUGAGGCUAUCAAAGAGAACAAGUGCUCUGUUGUUAGUCCAGUGCGGAUCGAGGGCCCAAUCAGUCACUCAGAAGAGCCCUUAACAGUAGUUGGGGACAUAGGAGAGGACUCUCAUGUUCCCGAUGAGGACCAUGCCUAUGCCCUGCCCACUGCGCCAAAGACAGGUGGGACCACCACCCCACUGCUCUUGCCCAAACUCAGGGACAAGGGCAGCCUGCGGAGCCCAGCUAAUAUGCCCAGCGCUGGAGACAUGGAGCCAGCUCUGAAGAGGCGAUGCCUACGAAUCCGAGAUCAGAAUAAGUAGAGGAGGAGACUCCCUGUUUAACACUGUAUGGCGGUGCCAGAUUCAGUGCCACGCCCUCUUGUGGACAACACCAGUGCUAACACCCUCCAGCCUGUCCCUCAGCCCACCAGAGUGCUGCUCUGCCUGUAGACCAGCAGGGUGCCAACCCAGGAAGCAGUCCAGAUGGCCGAAUUAUCGCAAGUCAACAUGGAGGGGGAGCAGGGGAGAAGAACACAACACAGUCACACAGUUUUGUCUUGGACCAAAGAGCAUCGCUGGCUCAUGUGUUACAUUGUGUGCAGUGAGCGCUUGAAAUGGAGCAUCUCAGAUCUUCUUCCUGUCUGACAUUGCCCUAAAGUGUGCACAAGUUUGUGUGACUGCCCAGAUGCGCUCCUCCUCCUCCUCCUCCUCCUCCUCCUCCUCCUCUUCGCUCCACACAGCAGACAGGGCUCUGAUCAGCCUUGUGUGGUCUUCUCAGAUGGAGCCUGAACAUGAUCUCUUUCCAGGGGAAACGGUUUGUUUUCUCUGCCCGGCUUGCACAAAGAGCCACAUUGUUCCUCACCCCAUAUCCCACGCUGACUCCCCACUCCAGGUUUUGGGUUACCUGGCCGACGGGGGCUCAGACUUCAGGAGCUUUUUUAUUUUUUUGACCGACAGCCAGGAAUAUAGUAUACCCUUCUCUCCUCCACCUAUCCGCCCAAUCUAAAUACGGUACACACCAGUGCUGAGGUUUUUAUCCCUCACAACUGAUUGCCUGUGACUCCCAACGCUGCUCACUUCCUUCAAGGGAGGAGAGAAAUUCUGCUGAGAUUAAGACUUUAUCCGCGGGCAGUUUACUCACUGUGUAGAGAGUCAGGCUCGGCUGUUAAGACAUAGGAUUGAAUCCCCGAGGACAGCUCCUCGAAAACAAUCUACACAGAAUAUACGAGGGCACACCUGCUGAUGCACACAAACUGAGAUGGUCUGUGAACACUUUAGUCGUCUUGAUGACGCUGGUACAUAAAUGUGUGAUUUACAGAUCCAAUAUUCACCAAAUCUUUUAUGGCAAAUCAGAAUGUGAAUCCGUUCCAUGCAUGUUUUCUUUAAAAACAUUCACGGGACACGACAGUUUAACUAUUCAGACUGUUUUUCUCCACAUUAUUGGCUCCGAUCAGACAAUUCUGACAACAAAAGGCGGUUUUGCAAUUUUACCAAAUGUGGUGUUAUACUCAAAAGCAUCAAAUGCUGUGGUGUGCAGCGAUCAGUAUUACAGUUCAAGCUAUUGGGGAUACCUAAUGAGAUUUGAUCCACUUAGAGGCUUGUCAACACUUGUUCCCUUUGUACGAUUUCAGUUUUCUAGUUGAAAUCUACACAGAUACUAUUUGAUGUUAUAUUAACUUAUGGAUGAUGCAUAUGUAGAUUUUCACACAAAAAAAUAGCUUUAUUUCUUCACUUGUUUCUUUGGUGAUUGUAUCGUGUGAGUGCCGAAGCUCUUAAAUGCCCCCUUGUCUAUAUGUUUAUAUGCUGUAUCCCCACUAGAGAGCAGUGUUUACCUUUGUAACUUUGCACCUGCCCUGUUUUUUUUUUGACAAGAAAGCACCAGGAGGCCCCAUAGGCAGUCUGCUAAACACAACACAACACUGCACUGGGUGCCAUCUGACUCACAUCCAAUGCCAAGCAGACAGCUAUUCCUUCACAUCUUGCCAUUAUUUCAAACAUCCGUGUCAUAUCCAGGAUGUAGUCAGCAGCUUCUUCUACACACUCAUCAUGACCUAGAAAAUGUCCAAAUGUGACCCACCCACCCUGCCAUCAUUCCAAAACUACCUAACCUGUUUGUGUAUAUGUGCCUGCAGAGGAAACACACUUCCCCGUUGCCCCACUCAUUCCAGCCUACAUCGUCACCCACAAGUCAUCAUGCCAUAAUAUCAGUGUCAUCCUCAGCCGGCGGGGAGACUUUGUCAACAGCUAGUAUGAGUCAGUGAUGACAUCACUCCAUACGAAUAGCUGCAGUGUCAACAAGUGGUUCUGAACUCCAACACCACAGGCCAAAAGUCACAUUAUUAAGACUGCCAUUACUUUGAUUUGCUUUUUUUCCCCCAAUCAUUGCCAUUUCUCACCUGACACAAUGCUAAGUUGCGACAAAAAUGACUUCAGACGUUUUGUUGUUGCCUGAAAUGCAUAGGUAGGCUACUUUCUGACCUCCAUUUUCCAACAUUUAGCCCACUGUCUGGAUUUAAACUGUCUCACUGUUUGUAUUUGAAUAAAGAUUAAGUAACCAAGAGCUUUGGUGGAGACCUCUUUGUAAAGUAAAAAUAAAUAAAAGUUAUUCUAAGAGCAA